CAUAAAAAGCUAUUGAGUGAGAAGCUUGAAACUUGCAGUUCACAAAACCAAAAAAAGAAAAAAUAACAGGGAGACAAGAAAAAACCAGGCUCUGCAAACCGCUAUAGGAUGUAGUGAUACGCACUACACGAAACCUUAUCGUACGCCUAUGUGCUUUUUAUCGUACGCCCACAUCACAGAGCUGGUAAAGCAGCAGGCAACUUCAACUACUAAAAUUUGGAGGACCCCCUGUAACAGAAGCUCUCUUGGCUCGCCCUACUAAGCUGACUCCCGUGUACUUUCAGCGUUGUAAAGUUGUUCUUUCCUUGACCAAACAACUUUGCACCUAUAUAGGAGCACUCACGUAUUCAUGUAAGAGGCUAGAUCUUAACGAGUUGCCGGGUUUAGAGAAGUGGGUUUUUGUUAUCUAUGUUGGUGGAUCUGGUUUUUUAUCAAUCUGGAGGCUAAUAAUCUUUAGGGUUUUUGAUUCUCGCAUGCAAAACGAAGGAAACCCUUAUGUCUAAUGGCGGAUUCAUGCAGCAUGGGUAGACAGACAGUAGUAUAUACUGGCCGGGCUAGUGAGUUUGGGCUGGGUUUGAUUCUUUCUUUUGUUGAGAAGGUAUAAAGGACAAGGUCUUGGACUUUAUCUGUUUGGAUUUGGGAUUGUACAUUUAGAGAUUUCUCCCAAUCUGCGUCUAGCUACCUGCAAGCAAGCACAGUACAAAGAGGGUAUUAAUAAGGCCAAGAUACUCUCCCAUCUUUCAUUGCUGUGGUGUUGUUGUCAGUUACUGUUUCAACAAGAUACUGAAUAGCGCGAGACAAGAACACACGCAAAAAAAAAAAAAAGUUGCAGCACAAAUAAGCUAUCUUUAGCUUAUUGUCUCUUGGAUUUCUUUUUUGUUCAAAAGUUUAGGCUUUUUUGGUUCUAUCAAGAAUCAAACAUGGCAAAUCGCUGGUGGGCUGGAAAUGUUGCCAUGAGAGGUGUAGAUCCAGUAUCUUCAUCUCCAUCUCUUCACUUGGGAAAUCUUGAAGAAGACAGCACUCCUCCCGGUUUGAACCGGUUGGGUCCAAGAAGAGAACAGGAUUUCACUGAUACCAACACCAGUAGCCCUAAAACAACCACCACCGCCACACCUCCCAGUACUCAAAACCAGGAGGAACAUGAAGAUAGCAGAGACAACACCAACAACCAAGAAUCUGGCGACCACACUGCUCUCGAAACCAUUGAACCAGGCAGUGGUAGCACAUCUCGCAGGCCUAGAGGCCGACCUGCUGGUUCAAAGAACAAACCAAAACCUCCCAUUGUCAUCACCAAAGAAAGCCCUAAUUCUCUCCACAGCCAUGUCUUGGAAAUCAGCUCCGGCAGUGACAUCGUGGAGAGCAUUGCCACUUUCUCUCAUCGCCGCCAUCGAGGUGUUUCUAUCCUUAGCGGAAGUGGUAUUGUGAACAAUGUUACUCUCAGGCAGCCUGCAGCUCCUGGUGGGGUUAUCACUCUUCAUGGAAGAUUCGAGAUUUUGUCACUGUCGGGUUCGUUUCUCCCUGCCCCAUCGCCUCCAGGAGCAACGGGGCUGACUGUUUAUUUGGCAGGUGGACAAGGACAGGUGGUGGGAGGUACUGUGAUGGGGGAGCUGAUAGCAGCAGGGCCGGUGAUGGUGAUUGCAGCAACGUUCAGUAAUGCGACUUAUGAAAGGUUGCCACUCGAGGAGCAAGAGCAAGAAGGGAUGCAAUUGCAACAGCAAGUGAAUUCACCAGGGACUAAUAAUGGCAAUGCUGCUGCAGGUGGUGGUGCCAGUAGCGGUGGCGGUAAUAAUUCAGUGACUCAAUCUUCUCAGGGUUUAGGUGAGCAUGUUUCAAUCCCUGGGUACAAUUUGCCUCCUAAUUUGUUACCUAAUGGACAAGUGCCACAUGAUAUGUUUUGGUGUCCCCCUCCCCGCCCUCCCCCCUCUUACUAAGAAUGUGCUUGAGAGAAAGAGAAGAGUUGUUAGUUUGGAUUAGCUGACUCAUGUGCAAAAAUACUUUAGACAGUUUCAUGCAAGCACAGCGAAGAAGGUAGGACAUUUUGGAUUAGUUUUUGUGUAAACUAGCUGGCUCUAAUCGUCAGGUUUUGCGAUGUUGUUGAAACGCGUUAAUGUAAUGAUCUGUUUGCUUUUCUCUAAUCAUCCUUUUGUGGAAGAAUAUUGUAUUUUUUGAUGAUGUAGGAAGAGAAGAAAUAUACCAGUCAGGAACUGGGAUUGGUGCUAAUUAAUGGAAAUUUGUGGAUGAGAUCUUGGAACC